AUAACUUCCGGGGGAAAAGAAUAAAAUCCCCUGAUUUUCUACUUUCGUUUUAGAAGCACUAGUUGUAAUGCUGAAAUCAAGGCUAUAGAUCAUAUUUGUCAAUAUUCAUUAGAUGGAUGAGCUGGCAUAGAAAAUGGAAGCAAAACACAUUGAGGAAUUGCGAAAAAAUUUUCGGUUCAUCGUCAACAAUGUUGGAGAUGCUGAAGCUCUUUGCGAUGAACUGGUAGCGCUGGGAGUUUUUGAUGAAAAUUAUGUGGACAAAAUCUUGUUGAAACAGCCAGCACCAAAGGAGCAGACAAAAGAACUUUUGUACCUGUUGAAAUUUAAAGGUCCACAAGCUUACGGAAAAUUUAUUGCUGCACUGGAGAGCAGUGGUAAUAAACAUGUGGUAGAAAAACUCAUGAAGCCAGAUAUUAGACCGGAGCCAGUACAUCUUCCAAUACAACCACCUGACGCUCCGCCAUGUCAGGCACCGCCGCCUCAGGCCCUGCCGCCUCAGGGACCAUCAUCUCAGACUCAGUCAAUCCAGGUCCAGCCAACAUCAGUCCAGCCUUCUGGGAGUGAAGAAGCUUUUGAUAAUUGGCCUUUGAUGACAUGCAAGGAAAGAAAAUGUUUGGAGCAGGAGAAAAUGCAACUGUUGUCUGAUGAAAUGGUUUACAAAAUCACAGAGUUUCCUGAGAAAGGUUUUGUGCUCAGAUUAAAAUGCCGACCACAUAGUUACAAGGACAUAAGCCAUUACUUUGAUAACUGUAACACGCACCUCAGUUCUGUUAUGAAGUUUUUAGACACCGAAAUACAACCUGGGAAAUGUACUACACAUCUCAAUAACAAAACUGCUUCAGAGUUGGAAACAAACAUUAGAGACAUCAUUCAAGCCAAUACUCAGAAACUUGAGAAUGCUGGAUAUUUCAUGAUGUUUUUCCUAUCCUUUGGAACUCCAGAGGCUGGAUGUGGUCAAGUCUUUGACACAAAAAAAGAAUGUGUGAAUGUACACAAUAUGAUACAAACCGUGAAGGAUUGUGUGGCUCUAAAGGAUAAACCAAAGAUUUUCAUCGUAAUCACCAUUACUGAAGAAAACAACUCAACAGAACCAACAGAAGACAGAACUGUUGCAGAUGCUGGCAUGGAUAAUUCCUCUACUAAUGAGGACGACCUUUUUGUGUUACACGUAAACCACGGUCAACAAGGACCCUGGAUUCAGUGUCAACAACAGAUGUGGUUUACUAAGGCAUUUUGUGAUGUUCUCCAAUCACAUAGCUACAACCUUCACUUUCUGGAGCUAAUCGAGAAGGUGAAUAAGCUAAUGAGCAAUGCUAUAGUGAACAAAGAGAACAAGACACGGGGGCAUGUUGGAGAGGUCAAAGUUGUACAAAAAGACACCCGGAAAAAGUUAUAUUUCUUACCUGGAAUCACUGGGGCUCGACAGGCAACAAGCUGAUGUGGACGGUUUUGUUGGAUCACAAGGACAGUGUUCUAAGUAAAGGUCAGGGGAAUUUCUGUUACUCAAUCUGAAUAUCGGACAAAACAGUCGGCCCAGUAUCGUAAUGAGACUUCCAAAUAUGAUGACAAUUGGAAAGUAUAAGAAAAAUGGCUAAAGGAAAGUUAGCUGCGAUUCUCCUGAUGAGAAAUAUUACUGAGAAAUCUUUCCUUAAAUAAAUGACAUUCAAGUGAUUUCUUUGGAUGGAGGGGCCUUAAAGGAGAUAAAUAGGUAAUUUGUUGUUUACACAAAAUGUUAUCCGCGGAGUUUCUCCGAUAUGAUAAAAAUCAAAAUCGGUCAUAACGAUUAAAUAUAUAGUCCGUCUCUAAAGUAGUUACACAAAAUUAAAUAUUUACGCAAAAAUUACUAAUGUGAAUUUGAUUGUUACAAUGUAUUCAUUUUUUCUUUGAAACCGCAGUUCAGCAUAAAAGCUCUAUACACACAAACAAACAUUUUGUGACUGCUAAUGUUUACUACUGCAUAAGUGAUAUGGUUGAUAACAUGCUGGUUGUUUUCAGCAAUUAUCGUUUUUAGUUUGCCAAAAACCUUCCAACAUAUUCAUUACAGUUCAUUGUGAAUCUAAUGUUAGCACAUUUUCUACUCCCUUGACCAUUAUCAUGUCAAUCACAUGAUCUUUGUCAAUGCUAAUUUUGUGUUUGGCUCAUUUCACAAAAAUAUCAAUGUUAUGUUUUUAUCUAUUUUUUGCUGUAUGUUUAGAUUGAAAAUGUUAGAUGUUGAGAAAUUGAUAUAAAAACUUUAUUUCGUCUCCAGUGGAUUACCAAAUAACUUUGAAGUCAAUGUUGAAUGAUUCUGAAAGAGUGAUUUCUCUUGGAGAAGAAUGUCAGAAUUAGGUGAAUUUUUAGAAUAACAUGUAUCAAAAUUUGAUGUUUGCUUUGCAAUGUGCCAAUAUUUACCCUCGUCUAUAACGUAUACAGGUUUUGUCCAAUAACGUAUACAGGUUUUGUCCAUACUAUGUGCCUAUGAAAUUGGAGGGCUUAUUCUUUGCUGAAAUUUCAGUGAAGUUUGGACUCUGCAUUAAAAAAACUUGUGAGACAUAUGAUUAAUUAUUAAACGUGAACUUUAA